UGCAUGUGCAUGUGUACAUAUAUAUAUGUAUAUUCAUUCUCUGUUGAUAAACACAUUUCAGUUGAUUUCCAAGUGAACGCUUAGUUAGGUGCUUGCGGUUGGUGUACUAAGUUGUAUUGAGUUCAGAAAGAAAGUGAUAAUCGAAACACUAGCAAACCAAGAUGGCUACAGUACAAACUGUUCUUGGUUCGGUUAAUCCCAACCUAUUAGGCCGCACCCUUACCCACGAACACUUUUCCUUAAAUUUCGAGCAUUUUUAUAGUUCACCACCAGACGAUCUUAGAUGUUUCUUCGGUCAUCAAAUUAAGCUGGAAACGUUGGGAUUUCUACGGCAAUACCCUUACUCCAGUAAUUACAACUUGCACUUCAAUGACGACGAAACCCAUGAAGCGGUGAAAAAGGAUGUUAGCCUAUUUAAAAAGCUAGGUGGCGGGACUAUUGUGGAAAAUACAUCUCACGGUCUUAACCGAGAUCUCAAUCUUUCCUACGAAGUAUCAAAGCAAACUGGAGUUCACGUAGUUGCCGGAACUGGACACUAUGUUUCGGCUCUUCAAAAACCAGAAACUUUGAAUAUGACUGUAGAGGAAAUGACAGAUUUAUAUUCGAAGGAGAUCAUUACUGGAGUGGAAAUUGAUGGGAAAAAAGUUGUGAAAUGUGGAUUCAUAGGUGAAGUCGGGAGUGCUUGGCCAUUGCAUGAUUUUGAGAAGCGUGCGCUUAAGGCAACUGGUGAAAUACAGGAAGUUUUGGGAUGUGGUGUGUCGCUCCACCCAGGUCGAGAGAAGGAAGCACCAUUUGAAAUUACUCGUCUUUACUUGGAAGCCGGAGGAAAAGCCAAUAAGUGUAUAAUGUCGCAUGUAGAUAGAACUCUUUUGGACGUGGAUGAUAUUCUCGAAUAUGCCAAACUGGGAACUUAUAUCCAGUUUGAUUUAUUUGGAACUGAAUGCUCUUAUUAUCAACUUAACCCUCAGGUAGAUAUGCCAUCUGAUGCUGAUCGGAUUAAUAAACUGAUGAAGUUAAUUGCGGAAGGUUUAGAGGAUAGACUGUUAAUGUCGCAUGAUUGCCAUACCAAACAUCGACUGACAUCAUUUGGCGGACAUGGCUUUUCACAUAUUUAUACUAACGUUCUACCGAGAAUGCACGGUAAAGGUUUGACUGUCGAACAAGCGGAAAAAAUCACUGUGCUGAAUCCAGCUAAAUGGUUAGCGUUUAAGAUUUAAUUAUGAUUGUUUUAUUAAUAGCUGGUUUAAUCAAUUCAAGUAAAACUAUCCUUUUGUUUAUUGCUUGAAAUAAAUAUAGUAAUUUAAC